AUGAGCAAGCUGGAAGAAGCGAAGGGUCUGCAUGGCGGUGGAGAUACAGGGCCGGCGCUGUCAGCUCAUGCGCCGGCAAGCGCUCCUCGGGCGGGUGGCGCUGCACCCGACGGGGCGACCAGCACCCUGCAGGCCCUCUUUGAGGCAGUGGUUGCAGCCCUAGAGAAGGCCGGCCUCGGCGAUACCCUCGACGCCGCCGCGGCCGCCACCGCCGGCCCCCGCGCCACCGCCGCCAGCACCAUCGGCGCGGCGCGCGCGACCGCGGCCACGGCGGCGGGCACCGUGUACACCACGGCAGCGAGUGCGGCCGAGCUGGCUCGCGAAACGGCAGCCUCCGCGGUCGGCGCCGCACGCACCACGGUCGCCUCCGCCGCCGACACAGCAUACGCCACCGCCGCCGCCGCCGCCGGCACGGCGCGCGCCGGUGCGGGCGCCGCUGCCGCCGCGCCCGGCCGGGCGCUCGGCGCGGCCGGCGCGGCUGGCGGCAUGGAGCGCCAGGUCGAGGCGCUGGACGGCAGCCACGUGGGCGACGCUGACCUGGUGCGCUCCCUGCUGCACUACGCUGACGCGGCCGACUGCGCCUACCCGGACAGGUUUCCCGACAUAAAGCUGCGCGGCGUGGUGGCGAGGGACGAGGACGUCUUGUUCCACAGCAAGGAGGCAGCAAAGGGCCAGCCGGCCUUUUACAUCGCGCGCGAUCGCGAGCGCCGGGCGAUUUCCUGGGUCAUCUGCGGCCCUGAGAGCACCUCGGAGGCCCUGGCUGACCUGGCCGGGGGCUCGGCGCCUCUGCCCGGCGGCGGCUACGCGCACGCGGUGCGUGGGGCACUCGACGCCCUGGCGGCACACCCAGGCUACGGGCUCGUGCUGGCCGGCCACUCAGCCGGCGCAGGUGUCGCGGCCCUGGUGGCCCGCGUGCUGACCACCAACCCCGAGCUCAUUGCUAAGCUGGGGGCCGCCAAGGUGGAGGCCUUCUGCAUCUCGCCCCCGGCAGUCGUCUCCUCGUGA